CUAAGGUCCGGUGGCCUCUCUGUGCGGCGCUGCGACCCGCCUUGCUCUGCUGUCACUCUGAGCAGCUCACAGGGCUCAGCAUUUAUUUUUGGACUGCCAUGGCGUCUGUUGCUUCCAUUUGUAGGAAGGGGGGUCGAGUUGGGCUCAACAUGAACCUGCCGCUCUGACACUCCGGGCUGGGACAAGCAGGCAGCAGCCGGCCGGCCGCCCCCCAAGCAGCAGUCGCACAGGGGACCCUGCCUGGAGCACUCUGAACACCAGCAACAAGUUUUUACCUGGGUGCUUAAGCACUCAUGGCUUUCGCUUAUGGUGCUGUCACCCAGCCGGGCCUGUUUUCCCAGCAGUACCCCCCGCCCCUGCUGCCCAAGCCCGGGAAGGACAACAUUCGGCUUCAGAAGCUCCUAAAGAGAUCUGCCAAGAAAAAGUCCUCUGCUCAGGCAGCGCAGUCCGCCGCACCUUUCCGCUCCAGCCUUUCCCCUGUGAACGAAGCCAGUCCCGACCUCGAGCACAGUGACCACUCCACGCCGCCCAAGACUCCAGAGGCCCCGUUCAGCCUCUACGCAGUCCAGCAGCCUCCGCGGUUUACAGUCAGGCCGCUGUAUCAACAUGUUGCAUCGCCUUAUCCGCAGCGUGCAGCUUAUGGUAGAACAGCAAGGUCCUCACCUCAGACUGUGACGAUCCCAUCUUACUCCUAUUCCCAAAAUGUCACCACUGUUUCAUCAUAUUCUGGAUCAGUCCAGGUUUCAGGAGUCUCACCAACUCCAGAGCCAGUCGCCCGGCCACCGGUACCCAAAAUAGCUCUGCCAGCUUUUUCUGUGCCAGAGCCUCAAGUACCAGCUGCUGAAGUGAAAAAGCCAGCGUUUGGCACAUUUGGCAACACUCAUGCCGGUCUUAAACCUGUUACAUCUGGAGGAACCCCACAGCCAAAACCAAUAAGUCCUGGUCCAACUCCUUAUCAAGCAAUGGGGGCUCAAGCCUUGAAACGACCUCUGACUGUGUUGACCCCAUUCAAAUCCAAAAGUCCACGACCAACAUUCAAAGCAACAGAACCAUCGAGAUCACCAAAACCGAUGUUUGAUGUCCCUCAAAUUAGGCUCUACACGGCAAGCACAUCUUUCUAUGAGACAUCCAGGACCCCACCGGUGUAUGACACAGCUGGAUUAACCAACAUUGGGAGCAUAGUGCCUCAAAGUAAAGCAGCAACAGAAACAAAGCAAGACUUGACACAAGCAACCGAAGUCAAAAGAGGCUCAACACCGACAACCCAGCUAUCUCUGUCGGGCUCAGAUCCGCAGAUAAAAACAACAACUUUUGAAACUAGAAGAGGUGCUACACCAACAGCAGAGAUGAAUAUAGUAAAAACACCUACACCUGAAAUAAAACAAGCCACUCCAACAUCUGAAAUCAAAAGAGCUACCCCAACAUCUGAAAACAGAAGAGCCACUCCCACGGCUGAAAUCAAGAGAGCAACUCCGACAUCUGAAAUCAGAGUCAAAACACCAACUUAUGAGUUCCCAUCAAGAAUUUCAGCAGGGCGACCGAGAACCCCGGCAUACCAUACCGCUCGGGCUGCAACACCUGUCUUUGAAGUCUCAAGACCCAAUCCUCUCUUGUUCGCAGUGUCACCAAUCACAGUAGAGCCAGAGAGGUCAAGAACGCCCAAAACGGUUUUAGCUGCAAGUACUUCUUCUGCUUCCUUAAGUGUGACGACUUCUGAGCCAAAGCCUACAGAAACAUUACCAAAUGGGCACAUUCUUUCAGACAUGAAACCUGCAGCUAAAGCAGUCCAACAAAGCAUAACAAAGGCGAAAUCAGAGACAGAUCUGACAAGAGAAAAGAUCCCAUCCUCUCCAGCUGGCUCUCAAAGACUCUCUCAAACUCCUACACCUCAGCCGACAACACCAGCAGCGACUUCUUACGGCUAUCAGCGGCCUAAGACUCCGACAUUCGAGGCGUCCCGACUCAUGACCACAUCUCCUGGCUACAAGAGACCAAAAACACCUACAUAUGGGACAUCACCUUCUGGGGCAUCCCCUGUAGCCUUCCAGAGACCUAAAACCCCAACACAAGUGGCUCAGAAAUCAAAGUCCUCCUAUCGUGGAUUGACGCCGGCUGAAUAUGCUGCUUAUGGUGGUAUCAAAACAUUCACUCCUGCAUUUGGUAUUGCCAGUUCUGCAAAGUCAACUGAAGAGGAGGUUGGAGCAACACAAGAGGACUCAGCGGGAUCUAAAACACCAAGCCAAGAAGUUCCUGUGAAUGCACAAUCUACAGCUGAGGUUUCGAAAGUCAUAGGUAAACCCAGUGUUGAAGAGAAGGUUGCCGUAACCCCUUCAGUCCCUGUUAUUAUUGUUUCCCAAGCAUCUGACUCCCCAGGAGCCCAAGAUACCAUUAUGGUAUCCAGUCAGGUUGUAGCAAAACAUGAAAAAAUGUUGAUUCAGGAAACACCAAAGGCCAAACCACCAACAGUGGAGGUGAAAACCCCUGAGAAAAAGAAAGUGGUUCAAGAAGUCGCCAAAGCACAGCCAAAAACUCCUGAGGCCAAACAUCCUCCGGCUAAAGGUGGAGACCAGGAUCCUCUGAAGGCAGUAAUAAAACUUUUAGGCAAAGAUAAAGCUCAGAGCUCCGAGCUGAAGUCUGAAACUGGGACAAAAGCUGAUAAAAAAGAGCCAGCAAAACCUGUAGCUGUCACCAAGGCCAAAGAAGAGGUCUCAAAGCCGAGUACUGCAGCACCUGCUCUGCAUGGUAGUGAAGACAAAGGAGAAGAUAAGAAAGCAGAAUCAGCAACAGUAGGUAAAUCCACACCUGAGAAAAGGGAUGGUGAGGAACCCCUGCUAGCAUCUGAGCCCCUUCUUAAGGUCAUUCAAAAGCCAAAAGGAGUGAAAUCUAAAUUGAGCGGGUGGUCCAGGCUCAAAAAGCACAUGGUGGUGGAGCAGGAGGAGCCCAAAUUUCCAGAGAUCGGCUCCCAGAAGGAGGCGUCAGUGCAGGACCAGAGUGAGGGGAAGAAGAUUGACGAGAAGCCUGUCGAGAAGCCUGUUGACAAGCCAGACACUCAGGACGAGAAUGAAGCCAAAGACUCUCCCAAGGCAACAAAGAUGUGGGAAGCUGUCCUCUUCCAGAUGUUCUCCACCAAAGAGAACAUCAUGCACCAGAUUGAGUUGAACAAGAGUGAGGAGGAGAAGCAGGAAGAGAAAAUGGACGAGCAGAAGGAGAUACCUACGUUUGCCCACCGGCUGCCGGUGCUGCUUUUUAGUCCAAGGUUUGACGCCAAGAGGCUGAAAGAGGCGGCGUCGAGGCCGGUGACGAAGAUUUCAACGGUCUUUGAGAUGGGUUUGAUUGGGCGGAAAGGCAAAGAAGAGGAACCAAAAGACUUUAACAGAACAGCGAGGGGGUUCACUGGUUCUUAAGCUAAUAUCACAUAUAUAAUAUAAAGUGCCAAGAUAAAAAUGUAAAGGGAAAAAGUGAUUUUUAUGUGUUUUAUGUACAGGUGCAAAAAUCUUAGCUACAGAAAUAAUGUACAGGUCUGGAUUCGUCAUAGUCUUGAUGAUGUUUGUGACAGUGUGGUAGUAAAACUCGGCCUGAACUUUUUACUUGACAAAUGCUUUGUGUUGCAUUUGUGUGACUGGUUGUCUGGAUGUUAAAUGUUCUGUGUUUGUGGAUUAGCUGGAAAGAGAGAGAGAGCUACAUUUGUCUUAAAGUCAUUCAGACGUGACUUCAGAUUAAAGCGUUAAUGUUUUAAGUAACUUCAGAGCUUCUCAUUUGUUCCUUUUGACACACCUUCACCAUGAAUAUAAAGUGUAGGGUUGUCGAUUUAGAUUAUUUGAGUAAGGCCCCG